ACGACGAUUUUUAUUUAAUGCUCUUUCUUUCGGCGCACUGAGAAAUUCACAAGCCCUAAUCCCUUACAACAUUUUCCUCUUCUACCUCACGGAUCUCGUUGCAUUAUCGGCGCAGCUUUAAUCGCAUUCCACCACGAUACCACAAUUCCUUCCAAAUACCUUGUCAUACCAAAAAAUUCAUCUGAAAGAGCUGCGCUUGAAUUAAUCGGCGCCAUGGCCCAAGACUUGUGCGGCCCGUCGAACGCGGCCAAGGGUCUUACCCGACACGCCGAGCAAGAUCGAUCGCUACAACGUGAACUACGCCCUAUCAACACUCCUGAGCGUCCUUUCGGAACCGAAUUCCGCUCCAACAGUGCCUUCACGUCGUUCACCGACGCUCGCUUUGGUGCCUUCGAGGCCAGCAGUGCUUCUCUCUUCAAUCCUUUCCCCGAUGAUGCAAGUCGUAACGUACACCACAUCGACGUCACGUCCUUAAACCCAAGAUCCUCGAUCCCGCGUAUUGACGCCGCCGGAAGCCCAGGCUGGGUCCGAGAUUUCCAACGAAUGGGACUGGAUUCAUAUGUCCCCCUAACCCCUCAAGGCCAGGUACUCCUCACAGCACCCACGCCUGCAGCGCCCGUCCGUGUACCUAUUCCGCGAAAUUUCGGACAGUACCAUAUUCCGCCCUCGCCUGACCGAGGCACCCUCCUCGUCAAUAAGCAAGACAAUUUCUCGUCGAACUUGAACUCGAACUCGAACUUCGACUUUGACACUGAGCUCCACAAAUGGAUGGAGGCGAACGCUACCGAUGUCCCCGACGUACAGACCUGGCCUUCUGCGUCGGUAACAGAAUCAAUUGAGCUUCGGCGAGGAACUACCGCAGCCCGGGAUGCGACGAACGCAACAAACCAUCUGCCCAUGGAGCAAGACAUUCAAGGUGCUCCUCAGCAGCCUGUAGCUUCCCUACAACCCGAGCCAAAUGUUGCUAUCGAGCAGACCCAGGCCGCGAGCCCAGCUAACGAUUCCGAGUUAGCUGUUGCCGCGCAACAAAUUCUGAACGCCGUGGCAGAUAACGAUUCGGAUAAAUUCAAGAAUUCUGGGUUUUUGCGAAUGAUGGAGCGCAUCGCCGCGCAAGACCUUGUUGUUCGUAACAACGCUCUUGUCGAGGUCGAGGAUGCGAACGCCUAAAAACAGCUACCUAAUUUAUCUCUCUUAACGACAACACUAGCUACGAUACCAACGAAUUCGUCGCUGAUCGGUAUUGCUCGAAAAGUAUUUUCGAGCAACACACUAAGUCGUUCGGGACAUUUCUCAUUGUCCCAUUCUGU